AUGUGGAUUGUCGAAGCUCCAUUUCGCGAAAUAGAUGACCCGAGUAAAGCUCAUACUCAGGAAUAUCCGCAACAGAGGUGGCUCCGACCCAGCCGCGUUUACAGCUUAGGCAGAGACUCCAGAAACGAUCUAUCGCUCGAUUUCGACAGCUUGUCUAGAUUGCGUGCUAUCGCGUUGGAUGCGGGCCCAUACUCUUUGAGCGACUUCCCAGACCCGACCGAACUACCAAAUUUAUAUCCAUUAACACUCACCAACCAUUCCCCUAAGGAUCUCAAGCUACACCGCGGGAAAAACUCUGAAAUCAUAAUCAAGCCCGGAUCUUCUCACAGCAUCGAAUCCGGUGAUCAAGUACCGACUAAAAACCGCUCUGACCCCUCAUUCUCUUGGAUCCGAUUUCAUUGGCGCCCGGUUAAUAUUUGCAUGAGCCCUUCCAAGCGUAAAAUGAUCCCGGAAAACUACAGAAACACAGGAUUUUUUUUCUCCGAAUCGCGAUUCCCAACCAAGGAACAUACCCAUUUCCUGCCUACGCCUCUAAGACCAACAAACCCAGUUGGUUAUGCUCUUGUCCUGGGUAUCCAGCUGAUUUCGGAAUCUUGGUUAAAUGACUUCCUACAUGCGACCCAUGUCAAACCUCCAGCGACGCAACAAGUCCAACCCACCAUCUUCAAAAAAGCGGACGAAACCGAAGACACAUACCAGCAGCGAUUUCAGCUGGUAAAAUCAAUACAUGAGGCAAAAUCCCAGGGAUUCUCUGAUUUCGAGAAAGACUUCCAGGCUGCUUGGAAAAAGUUGGUCCCGCAGUUAAACUUCACUGGAGCGAUUCGCUUUAAAAACUGGUCCGAGGAUCCGAUCAAGUUAGAUCCCAAUCCCGCCCGCAAAACCUUAUUCUCGAAAAUUUCUAUGAUUUUACUGGCAAACCAAGUGGAUAAAGAAUCUCAAGACAUAGAAGAAAUUGUUCGCGCCGGACUGGGCAGUGUCGUCACCCACUCUUCGCCUUUUGACAAAUCUUCGACAUUCCCCCAGCAACUUCAAAAGCUGUGGCCACCACAAAUCCAGUCGGGCCAUCGCGUUGUUAUCAAAACCAAGGACUAUGCAUCUGUGUAUGACUUCGGAGGUCAGGUAGUCAAAGAGAUGGAUGAUUUACUCCAGGCUAUAUACGACGUGGACACAUCUCAAUUAGUGGAAGGCUCUGAAUAUUUCGAGCUCCCGGUGGAUCACAACCAUACCGAUGAUCCUGCCCUCGCUGUCAACGCCCCACUACUCUCAGCACCCUCUUCAAGAUCCGCCGGAUUCGCUGUUGGCGAUAGUUCAGCCUUCACAGAACCUGAUUCACCACCUCGCGCGCUUUUUCGAAGGACAGUGAGUCGGACAGAUGGCGAACGAAUGAAAGAACUUUUGCCACAUAGCGAGGUGGCAGAUGAAAUUGAGGUAUUACAGAGACUUGCAAGGAACGACAAUUUCGGUGAUGACACUAUGGAGGCCAUUCAAGUCGAACCACCGGUACAAAGUACCACGCAGGUGACGAGUACAGGUCCUGAUGAAAACGUAUGCAGGUUGGGUCCAAACCCAGAACCACAGCUGUCAAGUCCAUGUAGUAGUCCACCUCCACUCAAGCGCAAAGCUCGAGCACCAGGAGGAUUUAGCUUCGCCAAAUACAUGAAUUUCCUUGGCCAGGAAACCGUUGAAACGCCUCAAAACCUUGACCGCGUAAUGUCCGAAGAUGUGCCAAAUAACCCUCCUGCGAAGAGGCAGAAGCUUGGACAUUGUCCGGAUGACGAACCAAGCAAGAUCACUGGUAGCACUUCGCGACUCGAUGAAGUGGAUAUACACAGCAUCGAAGGGCCGGCAAGCAAGAUGUUACGGGAAACUGCCACGCAGAGAGAUAAUGGUCUGAAAAGAAAAGCUGAUGCACAUCUAUCUUCGGGCGAGGAAGAUAUGUCUUCAGGUAAUAAUGGAAGAAACAACAAACCCCAGAAGAAAGCGCGCAUCCAAACACGACGGGAAUUGGAGAGAUCUCGCUCAGAUCUCUCGGCUGGAGGUGAACACGAUCAUAAAAGGGAAACUGGCGCCCAUUCGAAUACCAAAUCUCCAAAGACAUCGAGAUCUCACAAGGUUGACCAAGACGAAUAUGAGGGUGCCGACAUGGGUGACCGAUACUUGUCGGUGAAGACGACAGGAAAGAGAUUGACGGAGGAAGAAGUUCGAACAAAUCUAGAAUUCAAUCAACUUCGAAUCAGUAAACCCCAGAUUAUCCUCAAAACAAGGCCCAUCCCUACUAGGCCGAUCGGAUGGGAUGAGGAAGAUCAGAGCGAGAAUGAGUUGCGUCAAAUGGAUGAUUGGAACCGGAAAGGAACAAAGCCUGAUAGUUCAAAAAGCUUUUUCAAAGUCAAAUAUGUCAACUUGGUUAAGAAGCUUCCAGUUUCCCGAUAUGACUCCGAAGAUAGGUCUGGUGGCGAUGAGCAUCUCAACUUUAAAAAGUUCAAGCCGAAAAAUGGUCAGACACUGCCACAGCUGCACACUCCUUCGCAGCCCUACGCACGCCGGUGUAUGAAGAUGGAGACUGUGCGACUGCAGCCAAGCAGCAUCGAUGAUCGUGAGCAUGCAAGGAAAUCAAGGGAAGUCAGUUCAACACAAGUUCCCACAGAGAUACAUGACGACGACGAUGAGAUGGAAUUCGAAAGCAGGCCAAAAUCAACUGCCAAGGGUAAGGCCCAGUCGGAUAGAGCGAAGUCUGUGAGGUCAGGAGCAGGAUCACAAACGACCCUUAAGUUGGGGGCAAAAGCCAAAGAUCGAUCCACUCAGGAUGAGCGACCUCAACGACCUUCGCGCUCAGGCAAAAGCUCAGCGCCCGAUCCACCGAGUGAAUCAGAAGAAAACUCUUCCCCCAGAAAGCCCCCUCCUCCAACCAGGACACUCACCCGUCCCUCCCGCACCCAAAAUCAAUCUCAACGCAACAAACGCGUCGUUUCUGUCGACACCGGUUCGGAUUCAGACGGUGACGAACUCGCUUUCAAGGGAUUCACUCGCACUCGUUCAAGAAACUAA